GUCAGCCCUGCCAAGAGGAGGUAGAGUCUGCUACUUGGACUGCUGACAACACACAAGUUUCGUCUCGACUCUGAGCCUGACUGCGCAACGAUGUCGAUCUUCUCACCUCCCAAGAGGCUGCAGGCCGAGGUCCCUGCCAAACCAACAAAGGGUCACUUUCCGUUUGCUGGCAGGGAGUUUCUCCGUGUUCCCUGGUGGCGCAGGAAGAAUCUUCGUAUGCUCUACUUUUACAUUGUGGUUCUCAUUCUUACCAACACCGCCAAUGGAUUCGAUGGCUCCAUGAUGAAUGGACUACAAUCCCUCUCAUACUGGCAGGAGUACUUCGACCACCCCAAAGGCUCCGUCUUGGGCCUAUUCAACGCCUCAAUGAGCCUGGGCUCUUUGAUUGGUCUUUUACCCACGCCCUACCUCAACGACUGGGCAGGCCGGAGAGUCGGCGUUGCCGUGGGCUGCGUCAUCAUGCUUCUCGCGGUUGGUUUGCAGAGCGGUGCGCAAAACUUUGGCAUGUUUGUUGCCGCAAGGUUGCUGCUCGGCCUUGGCGAUAGCAUCGUCCUUGGUUCCGCACCACUCUUGAUCGCCGAGAUUGCUCAUCCCCAGGACCGCGCGACCCUCGUGACCCUCAGCGGUGCGAGCUACCACUCUGGCGCAUUUAUUGCCAGCUGGGUUACGUACGGGACUUUGCAGAUCCAGAGCGAAUGGUCGUGGAGGCUGCCCAGCCUCCUGCAGUCCAUCUGUUCCGUUUUCAUUCUGGGAAUGGUUUUCUUCAUGCCUGAGAGCCCUCGUUGGCUGAUGGACAAAGACCGACACGAAGACGCGCUUCGAGUCUUCUCGCACUACCACGGCGAAGGCGAUGUAGACGACACCUUCGUGCAGCUCGAGUAUGCAGAAGUCAAGGCUACGAUCGAGCUCGAAAAGCAGAUGGGAAAGUCAAACUGGCUUGACUUCUUGAAGACGAAGGGAAACAGAAAGAGAAUUGGGAUAAUCACAGCCAUUGGUUUCUUCAGUCUUUGGAGCGGCAACGGUCUCAUUUCGUAUUAUCUGAGUACCAUCAUGAACCAAGUUGGCAUUACAAAUCCUCAGACACAGCUUGGAAUCAACGGCGGUUUGAAGACCCAAGCGCUGAUCGAGAAUAUCACGAUGUCAUUCUUCGUUGACAAGAUCGGUCGUCGACCAAUGUACCUCAUUUCUACGGUCGGCACUUUCGUUAUUUUCACUGUAUGGACCAUCAUCUCGGCGCGGCUCGAAAUUGCCCCAAACAAUUCACUCGGAUAUGCGUUUGUGGCGAUGAUCUUUUGUUAUGGCUUAUUCUAUGAUUUCAAGAAUGGACUUUUGGCUUCAUACACCACAGAAAUUCUCCCCUACCAUCUCCGAGCCAAAGGAUUCACAUGGCUGAACUUUUCAGUGAGUUUAAGCCUGUUCUUUAAUCAAUACAUCAAUGGGAUCGCUCUCGACGCGUUGCAUUGGAAAUAUUACCUUUGUUAUGUCGUUUUCCUGGCUUUCGAGAUUGGCAUUAUUUAUUUCUUCAUUGUGGAGACCCGGUACACUCCCCUCGAGGAAAUUGCACGCUACUUCGACGGAGACGAUGCAGUGGAUGUCAGGGAAGUCGCAAACGCGGAUGUCAAGGAGAAGGGAAAUAUUAUGGUUCAACAAGUCAGCCACCAGGAGGCAAUUUGAUACUUGGGAAGCGCAAUCGUGGGCAGCAGGAUGAUUUCUACCGUCAAGAACGUAUUCGCGAGUCCAGACUUUGUUUCGGAAGACUUUGGGCGCACAUCUGUAGCUGUUGAGGCAACAAAUAUUUUCAAUGUCGGGAUUUCUUGGUUUUCCUUUUUUCCUUUUUUUCGUGUCGACAUUUCUUAUGUCCUCCACACCGCAGCCAGCUUCAUUGUAUCAUUGUAGAUUGACAACGGUGUUAUCUAU